AGACUUAUCUAGACACGACACGACUCACAUUUCGUUUAAAAAAAACUCAUUUCACUCAUUUUUGUUAAUUUUACUUUGUGAAACACGAGCGACCGAUGAUUAGGUACUACGUUUAGUAAGCCACAUAACCUCAAUUUACAACAAGUUACAAACAUGGUAUUUACCUCCGUUGCGAAUUUUGUACGAAGUAGAGGCCCCGAUGAGUUCUGGCGCAAACGAAAAAUUUUUAAAAUGGCUGCGCACUAUAUCGGCAGAAGCAGAAAUUGUUACAGCCUGGCUAUAAGGAGCGUCCAUCGCGCUUUAGUUUUUGCCACUAAAGGAAGGGCUUUGAAAAAGCAAGACCUUGCAAAUUUAUGGGUGACUCGAAUUACUGCUGGUUGUGAACAGCAUGAUGUAAAUUAUCACGUAUUUAGGGAAAGUUUGUCAAGAAGUAAUAUAAUGUUGAACAGAAAGAGUUUGGCGGAUUUGGCGUGUUGGGAACCUUUUACUUUUAAAGCUUUGACUGAUAUAGCACAGAAGAGGGCUUUAGAGGAGGGAAUUGCGCCACCAAAGGGAAAUAAAGUUCUGUUUGUACCAAAAAGGGGGUCACAGAAGAAAACUUAGUCAAACAAUUUUGUCUUUAGUUAUUUAAAAUAAAUAGGUUUAAUUUUUGAA